UGUUGUCUCACGCCGGUCUUUGCGCUAACUUUGUCCUUCGUGCGUUUCAUGUAUCCUCGGAUUGUGUUACGCUGUGAGUCUGCGUAUACUUCACUACAUGUGGACACAAUAAACUCCCCACCGACUGAGCGCACGCACGCACACACGCGCACGCUGAACGAAACCAGCGGAGGAAGACCGGUCGGCGCGCUUCCUCCCCCAGCAGGUAUGCGGUCCAACAGGUUCGCGAUGGGGCGGGUUUCACGGAAAGCAGCGGGGCGGUUGAGGAAGUGUCCACGGGACUGACUGCGAUCGGGACAUCCACGUCCCCGCCGGUGUCCAGAAGCCUCGGGUUGACAGACAGGCGCGUGUUGGGGCUCUGGCCGCAGGCUCCUUUGCGCUCUUCGAUGGCCGCAUCGUCCGCGCUGUGGGUCGCGCUGCUGUCGCUGCUGCAGCUGGGACACGCCGCAGGAGAUCCAGUGGUGGUGGGGCAACAGGACGCCACCUCCUUCCUGUCCCGCUCGCUGCUCUACAACAGCUGGGACUUUGAGCUGGUGGCGACCGGCAAUCUGGAGAGGGAGUGUCUGGAGGAGGUUUGCAGCUAUGAGGAGGCCCGGGAGGUGUUCGAGGACGACACAAAGACGGAAGCAUUUUGGACCAACUAUGUGAACAGUCAAGAGAAUUCCCCCCGAGUGGAUGUGUCUGGGCUGGUGGCCGGCAUCGUGGCCAUCCUGGUGUCUGCUGGGAUCGCCACCGUGCUGGGAAUCUACUGCUACAAAAACAAGAAGAAAAGUGUAGCAGGGUCGGCGCGAGCUCCGGUGAGGAUGGCGGCAGAUGGGCAGCCCGCCCUAGAGACGGUACCCCUGGCCCCCCUCCCGGCUCUACCCAGCUACAACGAGGCUCUGCACCGCAGCGGACAACACGAUGCCCCACCACCUCCCUAUUCAGGGGGGGCGCCGUCCGAGCCUGCUGAUCCCGGAGACAACGCAUGAGAGGGAUCCUUGUUACAGCUGAUGGGCGCUGGUGGUUAAGUGAACUUUGUUUUGUGUUGAAUAGUAUCUAUAAGUGAAGUGAGGACACAAGACAGCAUGGUGUGCACAUUGUCUCCACUACAUGUGUGAAGGGCGCACAGCUCAGGGUGUGGUUCAUUUCUGUGGUUUCACUGUUGCUACAUCAAACUGUGUCAAUUCAUCAAUGCAUAGAUACUGUAUGGUCUGUGUUUUAUUUAAUAAAUGACAUAAGAAAAUA